UUAACACUGAAUCAAUGCUUAAAUACAAGUGUGCACGUUUCAACAUACAUUCAAAGGACUGUCCAAAGCUUCACCAUGAAGGCAUUAGCUUUAUGUGUAACAAUAUGCAUUUUUUAUCAGGCUAAUGGAAAGAGCAUAACUGACCACACGCAAGGGUCCAGACGGGAGGUGCGGCAAAUUAAUGACCCUGCAUCAAUCGACUGCAAAAUGAGCGCCUGGUCCGAGUGGACAUCCUGUGACCCGUGCACUAAUACCACGCAUCGCUCUAGAGGUAUUGAGGUCUUUGGGCAGUUUAAAGGCUCUAGGUGCAUAUACCCAAUUGGAGAGCGGAGAGCCUGCAAACCUUCUACCAAAUGCCUGAUGGAUCCUCCGCCCGUCUGCAAAAGCUCUCAAUGGCAGUGCGCUUCAGGAAUAUGCAUAAACAAACAUCUAAAGUGUAAUGGGGAUCAUGACUGUGGAGAGUCAGAUACGUCUGAUGAAGACGAAUGUGACGUCAUCAGGUCACCUUGUGGCAAGACAGCUGUAUUUGAGUCUGACAUAGCCACCCAAGCUGGAUACGGAAUAAAUAUUCUGGGAUCUGGACCUCGAAUGAAUCCCUUUAAUAACAGAUUGUAUAAUGGCCAGUGUAACCGAAUCAGAGAUCCAACUACAUUGGAUUAUAACAGACUACCCUGGAACAUUGGGGUUCUCAACUAUGAGACAAAAGUGGAAGAGAGCAGCUCCAAGGAGAUGUAUGAGGACAUUCACUCUUUAAUAAAAGAGAUAACUACAGAAUCCACCAACACUUAUGAAGUAGGCUUAAGCUUUAAAUUUUCCCCCACUGAGCCCUCCAGUGCUGGUGCAAGCAGUGAUGCUGGCAGUGCUGGAGAUGCUGGCAGUGCUUCAGAUUUUGUCAGCCCUGGUGAGGGUGGAGAUGUUGCCAGCCCCGGUGAGGGUGGAGAUGUUGCCAGCCCCGGUGAGGGUGGAGAUGUUGCCAGCCCCGAUGAGGGUGGUGAAGCUGCUAGUCCCAGUGAGAACGGUGAAGCCAAAGGUCCUGAUGUGGCCGGCGAAGCCGAAGGUUCUAGUGGUGUCCAAAAUUCUGGUCAUGACCUAGGUAUUAGUGCAUCAGCAGGAAUUGACACUAAGACUGAAAAAACCAAUAUCAUCAAACAGCUGUCAGAAAUCACGACAACCAAGAGAAAGACCUUCAUGAGAGUGAAAGGCAGAGUGGAGCUGGCCACCUACAGGAUGAGACAGCGAGGGCUGGAGGUAUCCUCAACAUUCUUGGAUGAUGUGGAUGCCCUCCCACUUACAUAUGAGAAGGGACAGUAUUUUGCUUUCUUGGAGGACUAUGGAACACACUUCACCAAGAACGGAAAGUCCGGUGGAGAAUAUGAGCUUAUUUACAUAAUGAAUGAGGAUAUCCUCAAACUAAAAAAGGUCACUGAAUCCACGGUCAAGGACUGUCUCGAGGUUGGAAUUAGAGGCAAUAUACAGCUUUCCAAAUUAGGAGACAUAGGAGGACACGUUAAACCAGUGGGCAAGUGUGAUACUAUAACAGACAAACCCACAGAUGACAAGAGCACAAGUGGGGUUAUUGAUAAGGUGCUGAUCGCAGUGAGAGGGGGCAGUCCAGCCACAGCAGUAGCCAUGAAGUCUCAGCUCACUAAAGAUGGCAUUCUAGACUAUACUCAAUAUGUGGAAUGGGCAAAGACCGUCUCUGCUCUACCUGCUCUCAUUCACAGUGAUCCUGAACCCAUCUACAAUGCGAUACCUUUGGACUUUCCUGAUGCUCAGCCGAGGCGGGACAAUCUCAGAAGAGCCCUCGAUGACUAUGUGGCCGAGUACAGCGUGUGCAAGUGCCAGCCGUGCCAGAACGGUGGCACUGUGAUCCAGAUAGACGGGGAGUGUAAAUGCAUGUGCUCACCAGGGACUGAAGGUGUCGCGUGUCAGAUCGUUGACAUGGAAAUGGUGAAAGGUAAGUCUUUUGAACAGCUGGGGAACUGGGGCUGCUGGACUCCCUGGUCCUCCUGCUCCGGACGGCGUCGCAGACGGACGCGUACCUGCAACACUCGAGGUGUACCAAACGGAAUCUGCAAAGGAGAUACAACCAGUGAAGACUACUGCUAAGAAGAGUCACGGAGUCAUAAAUAAUCACGGAUUAUUAAAAGUGCUGUGUACAAAAUAAGAAAUAAACAGGCUAAAUCACAUGUACUUUCAAA